AUGGCUGAACAAGAUGACUUCAAAAUGUGGCUCUUAGAAGUUGGAAAUGGAACCCUCUCCAACAAUGAAGGACUGGAAGAAAACCUCAUAGAAAUUCCCCAAAACAUGAUAUCUACAAAUAACAUUGUUAGAGAACUUUUGGUGGAAAAACAAAGAUUGUCUUCACAUAAACACAUAAUAUUAUUAUUGCCUAGUAAGGCAACAACCUGCAGAAGCUUUGACACCAUUGUUGAAGAAAAUAACGAAGCUGUUAUACAUUGUCCAGUAGAGUUUUUAAAAUAUACUGACCUUGAAGAGGCAUUCGAUAGUCAUGCUGCUAAAGAACCUGAAUCCAGUGAGAGGUUCACUCAAGGAUUUUUUCAUUCAUGGAAAAUACUUAGUGGAAGUAAGAAAGAUGAGGAGGCCUUUAUUCCGCGCAUAAACCUCCGUCCCAGUGAUACAACCCUUCCCUUUAGUAUGAAUAGACAACAGCUUCCUGUUAUCCCAGCAUUUGCAAUGACUAUAAACAAAUCACAAGGGCAGAGCUUCAAUACUGUUGACAUCAUCCUACCAUCACCAGUUUUCAGCCAUGGACAACUUUAUGUUUCAUUGAGUAGAAGUAGAAGUAGUGAUAAUUUUAAAAUGUUGGUAAAAAACCAUCCAAAACAGGGCGAACUCAUUGGUGGUAGCAGUGACGGAUCUACAAUAUUGGGGCUCUGA